GUCUCGCAAACCCUAUCUUGGGCUUGAAAAAUAAAAUGUAACCUUGGUGAAUUGGGAAAGAUGUUUGACUAUAAAGUCAAAAUAAGAAUUCACCUCACCCUAUUUGAACUUGUAAUUGUCCAUAUUUCUGCAAUCUGCCACCGUCGGAACUUUCGCCGAUCAUCUUUCCCGAGGUUUGAUUCUGUUUCUAUAAUUUAAUCAGACAGACAGACGUAGGGUUUUUAAUCCGAUUCGAUUGAAUUGCUUUCGUUUCGUUUCGUUAUGAUGAAGGAAACUCAUUGCAUCGUACUGGCUUCGCUUGGGAUAAUUAAUGCUGUAUGUGUAAUGUAAAUGAAUCAUAUCCAUAAUUACAUCCAGUUGAAUUCUAUCUAGCAGAAUCAAGUUGUUUGUUGCUUAGGGCCAUGUCUAUACUGUCCUAAACAAACACGUCAAUUGUGAUUUCUUUCUGAUGCAAACAAGUGAAAACAAGAAGCUAAAAUACUCCGAUUUGACUUCCAAGAUGCCUCAACCAGAUACUUCUCUUCCUAAUAGUAUUGAUGAUGGUUUUCCCGUUGAGAAGAUAGUACAGUACCCGUUACCUGGUUACGCCGCUCCAACUUCAGUUAAUUUUAGUCCCGAUGAUUAUCUUAUAUCAUACUUAUUUAGUCCCGAUCAAACACUCAACAGAAAAGUCUUCGUCUUUGAUCUCACAACUUGUAAGCAACAACUGUUUUUUACCCCCCCUGAUGGCGGGCUUGAUGAAGAAAAUUUAUCAGAAGAAGACAAGUUUAGGAGAGAAAGAUCAAGAGAGCGUGGUUUGGGAGUGACCCGCUAUGAAUGGGUGAAUACAAGCUCCAAGAAGACCACAGUUAUGGUGCCCUUGCCUGCCGGGAUAUAUUUCAUGGAUCGUUCUUUACAACCACAGCUUAAGCUUCCUGGUGAUUCCUCCCCAAUUGUUGAUCCUCAUCUUUCACCAGAUGGUACUAUGCUUGCUUAUGUAAGAAAUCAUGAACUAAAUGCACUAGAUCUGUUGUACAACAAGUCCAAACGAUUGACUUCUGGUGCCAAUGGGACCACCAAGACGCAUGCUGUUGCUGAGUACAUAGCACAGGAAGAAAUGGAGCGAAAGAAUGGUUACUGGUGGUCACCAGACAGUAAAUACAUAGCAUUUACAGAGGUAGAUUCAUCAGAGAUACCUAUUUACAGAAUCAUACACCAGGGUAAAAGUACAGUUGGUUCAGAGGCUCAGGAAGAGCAUGCUUACCCUUUUUCAGGGGCCACAAAUGUCAAGGUUCGUCUCGGGGUUGUUCCCGUUAUUGGGGGAUCCGUGACUUGGAUGGAUCUUUGCUGCGGGUCAAACUCCGAUGACGAAUAUUUGGUCAGAGUCAACUGGAUUAAUGGAAAUACUCUUGUUGCACAAGUGUUGAACAGGUCUCAUUCCAAACUGAAGCUGAUUAAAUUUGAUAUUAAAACAGGCCAAGGGAAAUGUAUCUUGGUUGAAGAAGACACCACAUGGAUCAAUCUACAUGAUUGCUUCACACCUUUGGAUAGAGGAAACAGUUUUCUUUGGGCUAGUGAAAAAACAGGAUUUAGACAUCUUUAUCUGCAUGACGAAAACGGGGUCUGCAUGGGACCGAUUACACAAGGUGAUUGGAUGGUAGAGCAGAUUGUGGGGGUCAAUGAAGCCUCAAAUUGUAUAUAUUUCACUGGAACUCUAGACGGGCCUCUCGAGUGUCAUAUGUAUCGGGCAGAACUGUUCCCAGAGAAUGAAAUAGCAAGGCCGGUGAAGUUGACCCAUGGUAAAGGAAAACAUGCUGUGGUGCUUGAUCAUCAGAUGCAGAAAUUUGUAGACGUUCAUGAAUCUUUGGAUUCACCUCCAAGAGUAUCACUUUGUUCCUUGCAUGAUGGAAGCCUGAUGAUGCCUCUUUUUGAGCAACAAGCGUCUACAAUUCCGAGAGUUCAGCAGCUGCAACUUGAGCCUCCAAAGAUAUUCCAAAUUCAAGCAAAAGACGGUACCACUUUAUACGGGGCUUUAUAUAAACCCGAUGAAGAAAAGUUUGGACCUCCUCCCUACAAAACAAUGAUUUCUGUGUAUGGUGGUCCUGGUGUACAGCUUGUGAGUGAUUCAUGGGCCAACACUGUUGAUAUGAGAGCUCAGUUUCUUAGAAGUAAAGGCAUCCUAGUAUGGAAGAUGGAUAACAGGGGAAGUUCGCGACGAGGGCUAGCAUUUGAGGGUGCAGUGAAGCACAACUUUGGGCGUUAUGAUGCUGAGGAUCAGGUUGCUGGAGCGGAAUGGCUGAUGAAAGAAGGGCUGGCAAAAGCAGGUGAUAUUGGACUGUAUGGCUGGAGCUAUGGUGGAUAUCUGUCUGCCAUCUCUCUAUCAAGGUUUCCUGAUGUUUUCAAGUGUGCUGUUUCUGGUGCACCUGUUACCUCUUGGGACGGCUACGAUUCUUUUUACACAGAAAAGUACAUGGGUAUGCCUAAUGAGAACAAAGUGGGUUAUUCAUAUGGGUCGGUGAUGAACCAUGUGGAUAGGCUCAAAGGGAAGCUUUUGCUGGUUCAUGGGUUGAUUGAUGAGAAUGUUCACUUCAGGCAUACUGCUAGGCUCGUGAAUGGAUUGGUGGGAGCGCGAAAGCCUUAUGAGUUGUUGAUAUUCCCUGAUGCUCGACAUAUGCCUCGCCCUCUUAAGGACCGGCUUUACAUGGAAGAAAGAAUUUGGGAUUUCAUUCAAAGGACUUUAUGAGUUGUUGGACUCUCAAUACUACUAAAUUUGCUACCCUUUUUUGUUUUUGUUUUUUAUAUAUACCUGUUGACUGCCUGCCCCCUAUACUGAAAUAAAAUAAAUUAAAAUAUUUGCAGAUGGAUAUCAA